AUGGCCAAGUUGUCUAUAUUAGAGGAAGCUUGUAACGUUUGGUUGGGAGCGUACAAAGCCAAAGAUGGGGAAGCCAAGUGGCAAGAUGGCUGUUCGGGAGUUGAUGCCAGCUACUUAGAGGAAGACUUUGAAUCCAAAGAAGCGUGCUUUCUGUUAGCGGUCGGCAGCGUGUUGAAAGCUGAGUCAUGUACCACUGAACUACCGUAUGUGUGUCAAGCAUCUACAUUAGAAAUUGACAAAUGCUUUACCCGAGUGAACGUUAUGACUGAUGUGAAAAGCGCUGUCGUAGAAGUAAGUGAAAUUUCAUCGCCGCUCGAUUGUUACCCAACGUGCAUAGCAUUUGACCGUUGUGUUGGAUUCAAAUAUUCAUCUUCUACGUGUUCUUUACUUGAAUUCUUCACCGGGACAUCAUCAUUUGCAAAGGGAACCCUGUAUAUGAGAGAUCUGCUGAGAACAAACGCUCCAAAUGACGUCACAGGUAGCAUAAGCGACCUCCAAAACAUAUGUUCUAAUUCUGUGUCAAAACUAACUCAAAUGACACCAAGCAGUACAACAUCGACAACUUCCAGUAGCGUGUCUACAUCGACAGCCCCUAGUAGUGUGUCUACAUCGACAGCCCCUAGUAGUGUGUCUACAUCGACAGCCCCCAGUAGUGUGUCUACAUCGACAGCCCCCAGUAGUGUGUCUACAUCGACAGCCCCCAGUAGUGUGUCUACAUCGACAGCCGUCAUUAGUAUAACUUCAUCGACAGCCGCAAGUAAACUGGCGGGCCCUGCUGACCUUCAAUCUAGUAGUCCAGAACCAGUAACAGUCGAAAAAUCGUCGUCCGAGUCAACAUCACCACUUACCACUCUAUUCACUUCCGUCUAUACGGAAACAGCAACAAUUCAAGAGACAGAGACCCCGCCCAUGUCCUGCAGCCACUGCUCUUGUAUAAAAAGCAAGCAAAUUGGCCUAGAUGAGUUGAAGGAGAGCAUCAGUAAGUUAAAGGAACAGCUGAGCGUCAACCGAAAGGAACUGUCUUCGUUCAAACGUAAACUGACGAGUGCCCCCGACGACCGACAAUCUGCAGCCAACAUCGGUUAUGUGGGCACACUGAUCAUCUGUUUGAUUCCUGGAUUCAUCAUACUCCUGGAUAUGGGCAGAUUCACGCGGGAACUCCAACACUUCAUAUCACGCCUGAGAAAUUCCGAUCGUACAGUUGAAAACGCUACUCCUCUCAAAUGCAUCUGAACACUCCUGGCAAACAUUUCUCCGCUCAAGCGGAUCUGAACACUCCAGACAAACAGAACUCCAGUAAAGCGAACCUGAACUUCUUGAUAAACAUUAUUGAAGUCAAGCGUACCUUUGCAAAUCCCUGCUGAUAUGGAUGAGAUAAUUUCUUUUAUUUUCAUAGUGUAUGAUAUCAAUGAUCAGAUAUCCAAUCAAGCCCUAUUUAUUUGACCUUGACACAGCAAUUUACAAGUUGCUUU